CAGAAUUUACAACCUUGAAGAACAAUAAUUCAGCUGAUAACAUUAUUAAUGAAGGCUAUAAAAACGAUUUUCAAAAUUUCGAUGAUAAAGAAAAAAUAUUGCCUCACUCAUCAGCUUUUGUACUCUUGCAAUUCUCAAGUAAUGGGGUUAUUUGUGAAGUAGAAAGUAUUUGCAAUAAUAAUAGUAACGAUGAAAAAAGUAGUGAUGAAGAAAGUAGCAAUAAAAAAA